CGCAUUGACUUUAACAGUACACGUCCGCCACCCAAUACUCUCAUUUAUAACUGCCACAGCACAACUCACUUUGUACAGCGCUGCAGAUGCCCUGAAUGCUCUCACUCACUUCGCUAUAGCUCCUCUUCUUGCUUCAAGGCCACACUCCUUUAUAGACGACUCAGCUGAAGGAUCUCACCAUCACCAUCACCGCCGCAGCCUACAGGCCGUCGAACGCACUGGCGCAAUCGAUGACAGCAUUGCAUUCAGCGCGACGACACCAUGGCACAACCCAAGCCUAUCUGUUCGCGUAAGCGUUCUUUCCUGUAUGAUGGAGCGAAGCCAAGUGGUUUCAGUACUUACGAGGCUGGACCCGUCAAGCGCCAACGCAAAAUAUCACUGCAAUCAGCCUCACUACCAGAUCUCCGUCUCUCAGUACCUAAUGAAGGAUUCCCACCAACACCGCCAUUGAGUGUCACAGGGCCUGUCACCAUGGCGCUGAAGCUCACUAUACCCCAAGAACACAUCAGCCGCGAACAGCAGAAGAAGCUUAAUAGACGCAAGCUUGACGCAGAACGCUGGAAGCCGAAGCUUCAACGGCCAUAUCCCAAAUGGUCUGAGAUGAAAAUUGCGUACCCACUUAAGCUGAUGCGACACUAUCCGGACGCAACUGCACGGGUUCAAGCGAAUUUCGUAAAACCGAGAAUCGACAAAUCUCCUCGUCUCUCUCAUCUAUUGGAGCAGUUUCCGCUCAUGGAAUCGACUCAGCGUAGUCACGCAGGAGGCAUGUCAGAUCCGCUCACCCCAGUGGACCAGGCAAUUCCUCUGAGUGCUCGCUUAGGGGAUCUGAAAGAGGCUCAAUUGGCACACAGGGGACUGCAGAAAAACAUCGAUAUCACAAAGACUGAGCACGCCCAACGACUAGCAUGGCGAUCAUUCGCGUUACCUGAGCAGGGGCGCAUUGACCGUGGCCGCGAGGCGAUGAUCCAAUCUGGUCUUCCCACAGACGAUCUGAUAUUGGAGGCUGCCGGUCGACGGAAUGAUUUGCCUGAUUGGAAAAGACCUUGGACAGGACGCUUCGCCAUGGCGCGUGAACCGGCUAGUUAGAGGCUCGCCUUAAGGCUGCUCUAUCCACAGUCUUACCCUGCGAUUCAGACGACAAGUUUAUGCGUGUAAUAUGAUAACUUAGUAUAUAAUGGAAAUUCAACCACGAGGUCGUUUCUGAGAUAUGGCUCGCAGUGCGGACAUGAUAGGACACCGUCCUCAAGGAGUUGGACCAUUGCGCGAGGAACAAUCAAGUCAGGCUACCGUAUAGACACUAUAUAGAUGCAUUC